GCUCAGUAGUUGGAUGAUGUUACUUUCAGUUUCGUCCUGGACGGUCGAACAGAGGAAAAAGUUCAGCUCAUCAUUAAACGCAUUUAAAAUCAAGUAAUUAAAGUUGCUCCAUGUAGCAUCGGUUCUGUGGGUGGAUCAAUAGAAGCGAUCAGCCGAUUUUAACCUUUAACACCGAUCAUUUUACCGCGCGAGGGCACGAAUGGAUUGAUCAUUGAUCAUUGAUCGUUUGAGUUGCUGUGAGGCUUGAAUGUAAAACCAAACAAUUUAUUUUAUCCAGCAAGACACCGACGAACUUCCCUGAGUCAUCAUGCCACCUCAGCUGAACUUAAUGUUGGUGUGUAAUUAAUCAUCAUGAAUGUUUGGAAUAAACUGAGGCUGCAGAGAAAAAACGACUGUGACCACGGUGACGUGUUCGCAGAGCUUCAGCACUGACAUGCAGGAGCGGUGGUGACUCCUCAGAGGUCAGAGGUCGCGGUGCAGCAGUAGCAGGGUGACGUCAUGGCGGCUGCAGCACCUGUGAAAGAUGACUCUAAGCCGUGGGAGCGCACGAGCAGCUAUGACCUACUGCCCCCCAAUAUGUCUGAGCUGAGGGUUGUUCUGCUGGGGAACAGCUGGUCUGGGAGGAGUUCAGUGGGGAACUUCAUACUGGGAGAUGCUGUGUUCAUCACUAAGGAAGAACCAGUCUGCUGUCAGAGAGUCAGUGGACGGUGCAAAUGGAAAGAAACAGUUCUCAUCAACACCCCAGAUCUGCUGCAUCCGAACAUCUCUGAAGACAAACUGACAGAGUUCAUAGAGAACUGUGUGAGUCUGUCUGAUCCUGGACCUCAUGUGUUCCUGCUGGUUCUGCAGCCUGAAGACUUCACUGAGCAACACAGACUGAGACUACAAACAGUCCUAGAAAACUUUGGUGAUCGAUCGUUUGAACACUCACUGGUUCUGAUAACAACACCCAGAGAGGAGAGUCCAGGUUCCUCAGAAAAGUAUGAGCAGCAUCCACCUUUAAAACACAUGAUCAAAAUGUGCAGAUUCAGAUCUCUGAAGCAAAAGAACCUUGAACUUCUGCAACUGUUAACACGCUUGGGUGAAAUUGUGAGGGUGAACAACGGAGAACAUGUGAGCUGCGAUUUAUCUGACAGUGAAGCAGCUCGGCUUCAUCAAAACCUGAACCCACAGAGCUCAGUUCCUGUGAACUGGAAUCCUGCUCGAAAUGUUGCUCGUGGACUCAGGAUUGUGCUGUUUGGGAAAAGGGAGGAAGAAAUGACGACACUUGGUAACUUCAUCAUUACGGAAAAAUCUUUUAAUUUUCAAAUAUUUUGUCCAGUUACACAAUGUGAGGCUGCCAGUGGAGAGUGGAGAGGAAGGCCAUUAACAGUGGUGAAAGCUCCAGACAUGUUCAGUCUGUCUGUGGAAGCAGUGAGAGAAGAGGUGAAGAAGUGUGAGACUCUUUGUUCUCCUGGACCAAAUGUUCUGCUGCUGUUAGUGAAACCUUCUGAUUUCACUGAGGAGAACAGACGAACACUGAAGUUCAUCCUGAGUCUGUUUGGUCCAGAUGCUUUUAAACACUCGAUGGUCGUCACCACAUACUGUCAUCACUGGAAUGAGACGAGUGUCUCUGUGAACCAGCUGCUUCGAGACUGUGGAGGAAGACUCUACAACAUGUUUGAAGAUAAACACCAACUGUUGAUGGAGAAGAUUGAGAACAUUGUGCGUGAAAACAAAGAAACCUUCCUCACCUUCUCUGAAGAGCCUGAACACAUGAAACCAGCUUUAAACCUGGUUCUGUGUGGGAGGAGAGGAGCAGGGAAGACUUCAGCAGCCGAGGCCAUUUUAGGUCAGACAGAGCUUCAUUCAGUCUCCAGCUCAUCAGAGUGUGUUAAACAUCAGGGAGAGGUGAGAGGACGUCAGGUUUCCCUGGUGGAGCUUCCUGCCUUGUAUGGAAAACCUCAGGAGGAAGUGAUGGAGGAAUCACUCAGGUGCAUCUCCCUCUGUGAUCCUGAGGGCGUCCAUGCCUUCAUCCUGGUCCUACCUGUGGGUCCCCUCACUGAUGAAGACAAGGGAGAGUUAGAGACCAUCCAGAACUCAUUCAGCUCUCCAGUCAAUGACUUCACCAUGAUUCUGUUCACUGUGGAGUCAGAUCCUGCAGCUCCAGCUGUUGUUGACUUUAUAAGAAAGAGCAGAGACAUCCAGGAGCUGCUUCAGAGCUGUGGAGGAAGAUCUGUUGUUCUCAACAUCAAGAACAAACAGCAGAUCUCUGAAGUGUUGGAUAGUUUAGAAAAAAUGAGAUUCAACAAAGAAAAACCAUCCAGCUACACAACUGAGACAUUUGCACAUGCCCAAAUAGGAAAGAUUGUACAACUAGAGAAACACAUCACUGCUCAACAGGCGGAACUUGAAAGGUUUAAAAACAAAAGACAGAACAUGUGUGAUGAAGAGACUCAGAGUUCAGAGUGUCUCAGGAUUGUGCUGAUAGGAAAGACUGGAAGUGGAAAGAGCUCUACAGGAAACACCAUUCUGGGAAGAAAAGAGUUUAAAGCCAAAUCAAGUCAAACAUCAGUCACCAGGUUUUGUCAGAAAGCACAGAGUGAAGUGGACGGUCGUCCUGUUGUUGUGGUCGACACUCCUGGUCUGUUUGAUACGACCUUGACUCAUGAAGAGGUGAAUGAUGAGAUGGUGAAGUGCAUCAGUCUUCUGGCUCCAGGACCACAUGUCUUCCUGUUGGUGUUACAGAUCGGACGACUCACACCAGAGGAGAAGGAGACACUGAAACUCAUCAAGGAAGGUUUUGGAAAGAAUUCAGAAAAAUUUACCAUCAUUCUUUUCACAAGAGGAGAUGAUGUGGACGAAGAUAAGAUGUCCAUUGAUGAGUACAUUGAAAAAAAAUGUGAUGAUUCCUUUAAGAAGCUGAUCUCUGACUGUGGAGGAAGAUACCAUGUGUUUAAUAACCGUGAUAAACAAAACCACAGACAAGUCAGUGAGCUGAUAAACAAGAUCGACACCAUGCUGAAGGAAAAUGGAGGCAGCUGCUACACUAAUGAGAUGCUGCAAGAGGCUGAAGCAGCGAUACAGAAAGAAGUGGAGAAGAUCCUGAAGGAGAAAGAAGAAGAGAUGAAGAGAGAGAGGGAGGAACUAGAAAGAAAACAUGAAGAGAUGAGGAGAGAGAGGAGCUUCAUGGGAAUCUGGAAGAAGUUAUGAAAGCAAUGUUAAAAAGACUGAAAGAGGGGAGAGUUAAAAUUAAAACUGAAAAACUGAAAUGGGAUGGACUUCAGCAACUACAGCGAACAAAAAUCUGAAAACCGGAAUUGAAACCUGAAGUAGUAAAGUAUAAAUUCAAAUUGCAGUCUACAGAAACUGCUGUAUACAGUGGAAUCAUGAGCUUUUAUUCAUAGUACAGUGACGUUACAGAGAGUUGUUUAUUUUCUUUUUAAGAGACAGGUAAUGUUCCACCUACAGGGGGCGCUGGAGGAGUGUAGUCGACUUCCUACAUGAUACUUGAAGGUUAAUUGAUAUUAUCACCUUGACUCUACAGAGCAACAGAAGUGUGAACACCUGCACCAGCGUUGUACCUGCAUCUGUCCGAGGACACAAUCAGACUUUAGAUGAAAAUAAUUUAAUGACUCGUUCAAUUUCUUUCCUGUUCUGUAGGAGUGAAGAUUUUAAAUACAGGACUUGCAGUGAUGGAGUAUUUGUACAUUUUACAUUGUGAUAUUGAUGCAAAAAUAGUUCCGAAAAAAAUAUCCCAGGACUUUACAACGUCAUGAUUAAGAUUUUAUUUUGUUAACUGUUUGGAAACUUGAAAAACACAAUUGUCUUUUUCCUUUUUUUCUUUUUUAAAUUCGUUGCUGUAAUCAGACUGUAGUGACCCAGUAAUCAGACUUGUUUCAUUCAGGUCAUGCUUUUGUAAAACCACACUCUGGUCUUUAUAUUUAUAUUUUCCCCUGAUGAUGUUCAAAAGUUUUACUUCAUGAUUUCAUAGUUUUUAAAUUCUAGUUGAAGUGUUGAAUCUGAACUCUGCCGUGAUUUUAGUCUCUUAUUUCCAAAGCUUGUUUUCCUCUGUUAGUGAAUCAUGGUAUAAACACGGUCACAGACACAUGUACAUGUAUAUAUCAUAUAAUAAUAUAUGAUAUAAUAAUAUAUGUCAUUUUAUCAUGUUAAAACUCAGUCUCUGUGACAUGAUCUUUCUAUGUUUCUUGACCUUUUUUGAUAUAUCGACCUACUUAGAGAAAAUUCUUUGAUUUUAAACCACUAUAAAAAAUAAUAAUUGAUUAUCAAGAUAAUCUUUUUGAAGCAAAAAUCUGGUUGUAGAAUUUUCCUUUUUCUUCUGUGAUAAUUAACAGAAACUUUUUAGAUUCAAACAAAGGAACGAGAUUUUAUCUUGGUCUUAAGGAAACUUUACAACUAUUUCAUCAUCAUUUAAUGGACAAAAUGAUUAAUGAGAAAAUAAUCUGCAGGUCAGUACAUGAUUCACUUCGUAACGCAGGUUUUAAAAAGUCUUGUGAAGCUUGAUUUACUUCUUUUCUUGUGACAAUAAAACCCCAAACCACUUUUCAAACACGUUUUCCAUCUCUGAAUGAAUCGCUCCGUCCCUCUCAGCUGCUGUUAGUUUCAGCUCAUUUCCAUUAAAAUUAAACCUGUACAACCUGAAACCUACAUUUAAUCCCCGUCAGUCAGUCAGUGUCUUCAUCGUCUGCUCAAGGCCACAAAACUAGAAGUGUAACUGUGACGGAGAUAAAGGCCGACAUGAUGUCUCUGAGCUGCAGGGUUCAUGUCUCUGCAUGUAGAUCCCCAGGAAGAGCAGAGGGUUCCCAGAGAGUCUGCGACAUCCUCCCAGUCAGGAAGUUUCCCUCGUCUUCUCGCCUUUUUUGGUCUCAAGAGCUGGUGCAUGUAAAUCAGUCUCAGGGUGAGCGUGCGGUGCAGGAGGCCGGCCGACACUCCUCCGGCUGCACGAACAGGCCCGAACCAGCCGGAGAAUGUGGACAAUGUCGGCUGUGCCCGACUGCAGGGUCGGGGAUGUAAACCGGUGCUGUCACUUCACUGCAGUCAGACGCUGCACGGCGCUGAGUUCACCUGCAGCAUUCACACCUUCAGUCUGGUUAGAAAAGCUGCAACUGAGGCAGAUUUUACAUGAAGAUAUCACUUUUAACUUUAAAUAUUGAAAACUUCCUGUUUUGUAACAUAAAAUUAAUGUAAAAAUAAAAGCUUUCAGAAAAAUGUACUUAAAGUAUCAAAAGUAAAAGUACUCCUCAUGCAGAAUGUUUAUAGUAUUAAUAAUAUAUUGUUUUAGUAAUCUUUGUUGGUGGUGAAGUUUAAUCCACUAAAAGUUCAUCACAUUUAUAAAAACUUCACUGUGCAAAGUAAAAACAACUGAGUGUCAUGGAGUAUGAAUAAAAAACAGUAGAAUUUGA